AUGACGCAAACAAUGCAAAAGAGGACGGGCACGUGCACGUGCAUUAUAGGGCGAUACCAUUGUCCAAGAUUCUCCCCAAUUCUAACCAGGUGGUACUUUGGCCAUAUAAGUCGCAUUGAAGCUGAGAAGAAACUGCUACAGCUUGGUGUCCAGCAAGGAAUGUUCAUUGUCAGGGAUAGUGAGAGCAACCCAGGUGCUUUCUCAAUAUCGAUUCUUGACUACGACUCCGAUAGAGGCAACAAAGUGAACCACUACAGGAUCCAAAAGCGUGGCGAUGAUGAGACUGGAUCAUAUGACAUAGACGGAGGCGCCUCGUUUCCUGCAAUCGCUGAGCUUAUCAAGCAUCACCAACGUAAAGCUGACGGACUGUGCACCAAACUAACCUACCCCUGCCCUACAGAGACUCCGAAGACUGUGGACUUGGGCGACGAUGAUUGGGAAAUCCCCAAGGAGUGCUUAACGCUGGAAAAAAAAAUUGCAGUCGGUCUGUAUGCAGACGUUUGGAAAGGUGUUUUGGAAGGAAAGACCCCAGUGGCCAUUAAGACCCCCAAGAUGGGGACUAGUCUAUCCGCCUUACUGGCAGAAGCUAACAACAUGAAGAAGCUGCACCAUCCAAACCUCUGUCAACUGUGUGGUAUUUGUUCACUUAAGGAACCAAUCUACAUUGUUAUGGAGUGGAUGUGCAACGGCAGUCUGUUGAAUUACCUUAAAAAUGGCGAAGGACGAAACCUGAAGUUGCCAAAACUUGUUGACAUUGGAGCUCGGAUCGCAUCUGCCAUGGCCUACAUGGAGUCCAUGAACUACAUGCAUCGUCGAUUGGCUGCCAGAAAUGUACUUGUUGGAGACGCCAACAUCGUCAAGGUGGCUUGUUUUGCGGAGACAAGGAUAAAUGAUUCGGGAUUAACAGAAAGAAGCAUUCCGGUCAUAGUCAGAUGGACAGCCCCCGAGGUUCUCAUGCAAAACCCUCAUAGCAUCAAAUCCGAUGUCUGGGCAUUUGGUAUUUUGCUGACAGAGUUGGUCACACAUGGACAGUGUCCUUAUUUAGUACCCGCUGCUACAUGUACAUCAGAUUCAAACCAACCAACCGAUCCUGCAAGUUCGGCGGUCGAGUGUAUGAAUAACGAGGAGGUAAUUAAGCGUCAGGUUUUGCAAGGCUAUCGCAUGCCCAAGAUGGCCAAUUGCCCAGACGCCCUGUACGAACUCAUGCUCAAGUGUUGGGACAAGGAUCCCGCUGCUAGACCCACAUUGGAGUUCCUGCAUUCCUACUUGAAAGACUACGUCUUCGCAGAAGAACCUGAACUCGAGAAAGUAGAAUAA